AAACAAAGAUGCUUGGUGGGAGCUGAGGCCAAGCAGAGGCCUUACUAUGCGGACUACUGCCCCCUGCGCCUCUACAUCCACACACUGUGCACCAGCAACUACCUGGACCUCUUCAUCACCUUCAUCAUCUGCGUCAACGUCUUCACCAUGAGCAUCGAGCACUACAACCAGCCGCAGUAUUUAGAGGAGGUGCUGAAGUACUGCAACUACGUGUUUACCUGCAUCUUCGUCUUCGAGGCCGCGCUCAAAGUCGUGGCGUUCGGCAUUCACCGCUUCUUCAGAGACAGGUGGAAUCAGCUGGACGUCGCCAUCGUGGCGCUCUCCAUCAUGGGCAUCACGCUGGAGGAGCUGAAGAUGAGCUCGGCGCUGCCCAUCAAUCCCACCAUCAUCAGAAUCAUGAGGGUCCUCCGAAUAGCGCGAGUGCUGAAGCUGCUGAAGAUGGCCACGGGGAUGCGCUCGCUGCUGGACACCGUCAUGCAGGCGCUGCCGCAGGUGGGAAAUCUGGGCCUCCUCUUCAUGCUGCUGUUCUUCAUCUACGCUGCGCUGGGAGUGGAGCUCUUUGGCAAACUGGAGUGCACUGAACACAACCCGUGCGAGGGGCUGAGUCGACACGCCACCUUCGACAACUUCGGGAUGGCCUUCCUGACGCUGUUCCGGGUGUCCACAGGGGACAACUGGAAUGGGAUUAUGAAAGACACGCUGAGGGAGUGUCACCCCGAGGAGCGCCACUGCCUCGCCUACCUGCCUCUGGUCUCCCCCAUGUACUUUGUCACUUUCGUGCUCAUGGCCCAGUUUGUGCUGGUCAAUGUGGUCGUGGCGGUUCUGAUGAAGCAUCUGGAGGAAAGCAACAAGGAGGCCAAAGAGGACGCAGAGAUGGACGCAGAGAUCGCCUUGGAAAUGGCGAUGGAGAGGGAACGCAAGCCAAGCACAGUUUCCAACAACAGCUCAGUGGGAGGAGCCUACGUCGGGCCGCGCCCACAUUCACCUGGACAGGAGGGGAAGGUGCAGUGCGGCGACCUGCUGUCGUCGAGGAAGAUGUCCGUAUCCAGGAUGCACUCUCUGCCUAACGACAGCUACAUGUUCCGGCCCGUGCGGCCCGCCGGCGGCCCCUCCCCUCUGGAGGAGGCGGAGCUCGGCCCCCAGCACUCAGGCUCGGUGACGUCGGUCCACUCCCCGCCGGGGGAGAGCCGCGCGCUGCUGCAGGUUCCAGACGUCUCCCCU